AUGUCUGAAAUUAAUACCCAAAAUAUCGAUAAUCCAACUUCAAUUAUUAAUAAUAUCGAUAAUAACAAUACUAAUCAUAAUAAUAACAACACUAAUGAUAAUACCAGUACUAGUACUAAUACUAAUAAUACUAAUACUAAUAAUACUAAUAAUACUAAUAAUACUAAUAAUACUAAUAAUACUAAUAAUACCAAUGAUAAUAACGCCGAUACAAAUUACGCUGAUACCUCUGAUAAAAAUAAAAAUGAAAAUAAUACUAAUAAUACUAAUAAUACUAAUAAUACCAAUGAUAAUAACGCCGAUACAAAUUACGCUGAUACCUCUGAUAAAAAUAAAAAUGAAAAUAAUGAUAAUGAAAAGAAUAACAAUAACAAUAACAAUAACAACAAUAUUAAAAACGAAAAUAACCAAACAACCACAUCAAUCACCCCAAUCACCCCAAUCACCUCAAUCAACUCAAUUACAAAUUCUAUUCACCAAAUCUCUAACGCCCCCAUUGUAUCCUCAAAAAUAACAAAACCAUCCACAUCUGACCCUUUGAAACCACCAAAAAAGAAACAAAACACCUCUCCCACUUCUUUUUCCUCAACCUCUUCAACCUCUUCAACCUCACCAUCCUCCACAUUUCCUUCUCAAAACAUCAACAUCAAUAUAAUAACAAACGACCCUCCAAUAAAGGGCACACAGCCCAUCCCCAAAAAAUCGGCUGUCAUCAAAACUGAUAAACCAAGGCCCCAUGUCUGUCCCAUAUGUACAAGAGCCUUUGCCAGACUAGAACAUCUAAAAAGACACGAACGUUCUCAUACAAACGAAAAACCCUUCCAAUGUGCUGCCUGUGGAAGAUGCUUUGCAAGAAGAGACCUAGUCCUAAGGCACCAGCAAAAAUUGCACGCAAGCCUAACAAACAGCAGCAGCAACAACAACAACAACAACUCCACAAAUCAUACUUCAAACUUGGGUGGUCUCACCUCCUUAACCUCAAAUGGCAGGUCCAGAAAUAGAGCCGUCAAUCACAAUAUCAUAGAACAUAAAAAUAACACUGACAAAAUUAAACCACUCCCUGGCCAAUUAUCUUUACCCAACUUUCCAAACAUCAAUCUAUUAACAAAUCAACCUCAUCCCAAUUCCCUGUCUUUUUUCUCGAAUCAAAAUCAACAAAUUCUUCCUCAUUUCUCUCACCACCAAAAUAAUCAAAAUAGUCAAAAUAAUCAAAAUAAUCAAAAUCGCAAUAACCAAAAUAACCAAAAUAACCAAAAUAACCAAAAUAACCAAAACAAUCAAAACAAUCAAAACAAUCAAAACAAUCAAAACAAUCAAAACAAUCACAUCCCUCAUCAUCAUCAUCCUCAUCAUCAUCCUCACCACAUGCCUCAUCCUCACCACAUUCCUCCCCCAAUAUCACACCCAAUGUCCAAUUCUUCCUCCAACACAAAUAGUUUUUCCAACGAUUACAACUCAAACAAUUCUCUUCCAUCUUCUUCUCAAUUCAUUCCUCCACAGCAAUUUUCCUCAAAUUCUCAUCAUCCCCAUCAUUUAAUACCUCAUCAUCUACAAAAACCUUUAUCUCAUUCUCAUUCUCACUCUCAAUCUCAUUCUCAAUCACCUCCUCAAUUAAUAAAACAAAAUUUUCUGUCUUCCAAUAGUCCAAAUAAUAACUCAAAUACAAGCAUUAAUCUUCUCAAUAAUAACAACAACAAUAACAAUAACAUUCAAAAUAAUAAUGACACUGAUAAUAAUGACGAUGUCCCGGAUAACAACCCAUUCAGUGCUUUUCAAUAUCCUCCCUCAUUUCCCUACCAGAUUCCUCAAGUUCGUGCCAACUUUCUUGACUCCAAUAAACCUAUCAAUAACAGACAAAUUUAUUCUCACAACAAAAAUUCUCCCUCAGUUUCUUCAGAUUCUCCCACUACAAACUUAUUGCCUUCUCCUCCAAAAUUACUCUCAAACCCAAAUUCUAACGGAGCUUCUCCAAAUGAUUCCUUUUAUAAUAACAUCAAUAAUAAAAACUUUAUUAUCAAUAAUAAUCACAGCAAUAAUAACAUGAACAACAUGAACAAUAACAAUAUCAAUAGCAUUAAUAACAUUAACAUUAAUACCAUUAAUAACAUUAAUAACAUUGGUAAUAGUGCAUUUCCGAUAUUAAGUCCCUCUUCGACUUUUUUAUCCUCAAACAUGUCAAGAUCUGCUACAAAUGACUUGCAGAAUAUUCCAAGUAACACUUCAACUCCAUCUUUAUCUAGUAACUCAAACCUUAAUCACAAUCACAACCAUAUACUCAAUCCCAACCUAAAUCAAACCCAGCAUGAAGAUAUACUAAACUCUUUUCAAAUGUAUCAUUCUCAACCUUUAAGUCAAUCCUCUUCAAUAUCCAAUAUCAAAAAUCAGCCUUUGGCUAGAACAGUCGCUAAAAAUUUACAAAACCAAAAUCAAAAUCAAAAAUUUAAUGGAAAUUCUAAUGGAAACAUGAAUCUUAAUAUAAGCGCUAGCAUCAAUAAUAGUCUCAAUAAUAGUCUUAAUAAUAGUCUAAAUAAUAGCGUAAAUAACAGCAUUGUGAAUCUUCCAGGUGAUAAUCAAAAUGGUAUAACAAAUAUUGAUAACAGUGAUAACAAUAUCAAUAACAAUAUCAAUAAUGAUAUCAAUAUUAACAACAACAAUAACAACAAUAACAACAAUAAAAAUAACAGUUCUUCAUCGGUAAAUUAUGUCAGACAUCGCCAUGCCUCAUUUUCUGCUACUUCUGGUUCAUCUUAUACACUUCUCAAAGACGCUAAAGCUAUUCAAAAUCAAAGUCAAAACCCUGAAGGACCACGCCAGGUUGGAUUCUCUACUCCUCAAUUAUCUGCAACUGAACUAGCUUCUAAAGCUGCUUUGUCUGGUGUUGAUUUAGAUACUUUAGGAAUUAGUUGGUUCGGUCUUGGAAACUUUCAAUUAGAUUCAAAUGCCCAAACUCAACCACAAAAAAUGUCAGAGACAAAUUCUAUGGCAUAUAAUAAUAAUGAUAAUGAAAACAAUAACAUUAACAAUAUCAAUAUCAAUACUACUACUACUACUACUACUACUACUACUAAUAAUAAUAAUAAUAAUAAUAAUAAUAAUAAUAAUAAUAAUAAUAAUAAUAAUAAUAAUAAUAAUAAUAAUAAUAAUAAUAAUAAUAAUAAUAANAAUAAUAAUAAUAAUAAUAAUAAUAAUAAUAAUAAUAAUAAUAAUAAUAAUAAUAAUAAUAAUAAUAAUAAUAAUAAUAAUAAUAAUAAUAAUAACAAUAAUAAUAAUAAUAAUAAUAAUAACAAUAAUAACAAUAAUGAUACUAGUAGUAAUAGUGAUCCUCAAAUUAAACAAGAAUUCUCUUACUUUGAUCAAAAUUUGAAUCUUGGUGAUAGACUGAAUAACCCAGGUUUUACUCCUGGAAGUUCUAAUCGUCUUCAAGAUUUCAUGAAUACUCCAUUUGGGUUUGGUUUAUUUUCUUCAAAAGAAUUUCCAAGCGAUAAACAAAAUAAUAAUAAUAAUAAUAAUAACAAUAGAAAUAACGCUGAUUUAAAUAAUGGGGACAAUAACAAAAACUAUAACGAAUUUAAUACUAAUACUAAUACUAACAAUAAUAACAACAAUAAUAAUAACAAUAACAAUAGCAAUUUUAAUAGAAGUAUUAAUAAUGGCAGUAAUUUUAUUAAUAUAGGAAACAAUUCACAUGAUAUUGAUAUUCCAAUUCUACAAGAAUAUUUGCAUAUAGGUGGUGCUGGAGGUGGUGCUGGUUUUGAAGAUUAUGAUUUCAAUGAUUUUGAGUUUCUUAAACAAUUCCAGAAUUCUAACCAGGAAACCCCUGCAGAUCAAAAUAACAAUCCUGACGGAAAAGAAAUAAAUUCGGUUGAUGGUUGGCUUGAAGAGUUUUUGACUUUACCAGCAGAUAUUGAUAAUAAUAAAAUUGAUGUUAACUAUGUUGGUUUUCCAGUUAAACACAACUCUAAAAAGAGAAAACAUAAAAGUUCAACUGGUUAUUCUAAUCUUAAUCCGAACUUGAAAUCAAGCCCAAAUUUCAACUUCAAAUCUAAUAACAACAUGCUACCCGGGAAUUUUAAUUAUUCUAAUAAUUUUCAACCCAAUUCCAACACAAAUAUGAAUUCAAAUUCAAAUAUAAAUUCAAAAAUGAAUUUAAAUGCUAAUUCUAAUGUUAACACUGGUAAUAUAAAUCUUUUUACUGGUAAUAAAAUCAAUGCUAACAUGAAUUUACCCGCUGAUGUUAAUAUGAGCCCUGUUGCUAGUAUUUCAUCUGGAACAGGCAGUCCUGGAUCCCCAGAUAUAUCUUCUUUAUUUAGAUCAAGACAGAUCGAUUUAUUCAAACAGCAAAAUAGUAUAAUCAGUCAAAAACCUGAAUUAGAUCCUAAUUUGGCCCGAAGAAAUUCUAUGAGUUUGUUUAAUAAUACAAACUCUCCUCAAUUCAAUUACACCGAAGACGGUUUAUUUCAGUAUAAUUAUAACUUAUUUGAUAAUGAAGCUAGAAACAGCAUAUUAAUAUUAAAUCAUUUGAAAGAUGAGCAGUUUCCCUCUGUUAGGGAAUUGAAUACAUAUCUUUAUUUAUAUGGCAAAGAGUUUGAUCAAUAUUUCCCGUUUGUUCAUUUUCCAUCUUUAAAUGCAAAGCUGGACAACAUUCCUUUGAUUUUGUCUGUUGCAGCAAUCGGUGCUUUAUAUUCAUUCCAUUCUCAAAAUUCAAUACUAUUAUUUAGUGUUGCAAAAUUUUACAUUCAUAGUUUUUUGGAGAGAAAUAAGAAUUUUAAAAAUGAUGAAGUUCCUCUAUGGCUAAUUCAAAGUUUGACUCUUAGUAUGUUUUUAGGGAUUUUUAAUGAUGAACAUGCUAUAGCUGGAUCGAUAUCAAAGCAGUUAAAUUCAUUAAUUUAUUUGGCAAAAAAUUGCAAUCUACAUUUGCCAUUAGAAAGCUUUAUUACACCUCCUCCAGUUUUAUCUCAGGAUCAAACUCAAAAUAAUAUUAAUUAUACACCAACAGUACUAAAGAAUAAUUAUGAAUAUUUUAUUUUAGCUCAAUCGAGAAUUAGAACUAUACAUUCACUAUUAUUAAUAUCUGUUUUAUUUGAUUCCUUAAUAGGAAUUCCAAUAAUAUUAAAGUCUCAGGAUAUCAAGUGUGGUUCACCUUGUCAUAUUGAAAAUUUAUGGAGAUCGGGAAAUUAUAAACAAUGGUUUCAGGUUUUGAAACAAUACAAUAUAAUAAUUGAUUCCAAAUUUUCCCUAAUACAAAUUAGUAGCUCUGAAAGCUUUACUGAUUGUAUCAAAGCAUUAAACAGGCAUAACCACACUGAGCUUGUAAGUAAGCGUUACAGCUCUAAAACAUUGCUUAGUUUAUUGAUGAGCAUUCAUGAAAGAAUCUAUAUUGAAAGGGUUGAAUUGAAUAGCUCCAAAUCAAAUGAAGCAAUGAAAGUUAUGAAGUGGAGAAUGGCUCAAAGACCAGAGAUUGAAUCAUUGAUAAAAGCUUGGGAAGUUCUAUUUGUUAAAAAUGGCGGAGUAUUAAUGACAAACAAAUACAAUAUGCAACUGAUUAAAAAUAAGCCGUUGAUAAGAUUAAUACUACCAUUGCUAUGUUUUGCCAAAAUUAGAUUAUGUGUUUAUUUAACCCCGGUAAUUGAAAGCAUUUGGUUGAAGAAUUGGGAUGGUAUGCAUAAUUCUUUAGCAGCAUUAGGAAAUGAUUCGGAAGCUUUAAGGGAAAGUUCAUCAUUUGCAUUAGAUAUAAUAGAAUUGUGGAUCAACCAAAUUUCGAUUAUAAAUGAUGCAGAGAAAACAUCGGCUAGAACACCAAUUUUUUUCAUAACUUGCACAUUUAGUGCUAUUUUGGUAUUGUCGGAAUAUAUGUAUCACUUGGAAAAUAUUGCAAGCAAUUCUUACAUGAGUGAUAUAAAUGGUAAUAUUGGACAGAUUAUGGCAACAGAUACUGCAUUAUUUUUGAGAUGUGCUUCAGUUUAUAAACAAGUUGAAACACAGUUAUCACCAAAAGGACUAAGUAAAACAUUUUCAGAAUAUUUGAGAAUACAAGCAAAAGGGGCAUUAGAUGUUGAUAAUCUAGAUGAUGAAUUAAACAGAUUAGCAGAAGCAAAUUUUGACUAUCAAUGUUUGACUAACGCAAUCAGACGUUCAAGAUUAUCCUCAAAGUCAUUAUAUAUUGGGAAGUUAAUCAUAAGGCAUAAUUUAAAGAUUGGAACUAUAAAUAGGGCAAAAUAUAGUAAUGAUGAUAAUAACAAUAAUGAUAAUAACAACAAUAAUAAUAAUAAUAAUAAAGUAAUAAUUAACAAUAUGCAGGUUAAUCAUUCAAGAUUAUAG